AUGGCCAAGACUUGUUGCCCAAAGCCUAGAUUAGGCAGAAUAAUUGGCUGGCUUCAGAUUAUUCUGGGAGGGCUGGUGAUUUUGGUUAGCUUAUCGAGUUUAUUUAGGUUCUACUCGGCUGGAUUUUUCUAUCAUAACGAGGAUAUAUGCCGCCAUUUUUAUGCAGUAAAAGAUUCAUAUGUGAACUUUGAUGUUAGAGCAUUAACUGCUCGAAUGGAUGAAGUGCUUAAUAAGAUGGAUAGCCUGCAGAUUAAGCUUGAAAUGGCUGUUCAGCAGAUGGAAAGAAACAAAGGUGACCUUAGAGAGAGCAAUAUUUCGAAAUUAGAGUAUAAGAGAUAUCUGGAGGAGGAGGUGAUUAGGCCUCUUUAUAGUGCUCAUAUUGCUCUUAGGCAAAUUAGGCUGCCUCGUAUUGAAGGGAAUGAUACUAGUAAUGUCAAGGAGGAUCCUUUGAUCAAUACCUUCGUUACUGAGGAGAUUAGGAAGUAUAUUACCCCGAAAGACAACAGAGUUGGGAAGGUUAACAUCUAUGGAACAGGGAAGAUAUAUAACACUAUAGGGCAUGCUUGCGUUUCCAUGAAGAAAGAAUUGCAAGAAUACAUGGAUUAUGACAUUGGAUCAUAUUGUAAAGAUGAUUGGAACUUGGCACAGAAACUUAUGGUGAAUGGUUGUGAUCCCUUGCCCCGGAGGCGUUGCUUGACAAGGGCUUCUAAGCUCUACCAAAGGCCUUACCCGAUUAAUGAGUCCCUUUGGAAAAUCCCUGAUGGUAGAAAUGUAAGGUGGAGCAAUUAUCAGUGCAGGAACUUUGAGUGUUUGUCGAGCAAGAAUCCUAAACGAGGCUAUUCCAAAUGCACAGGAUGUUUUGAAAUGGAGAAGGAGACGCUUAAGUGGGUAACAAAUACCUCACUUCCUAUUGAUUUCUUGAUUAAAGAUGUUCUGGCCAUCAAACCAGGUGAAAUAAGGAUAGGACUCGACUUUGGUGUUGGUACCGGUACAUUUGCUGCAAGAAUGAGAGAACAGAACGUCACAAUUGUCUCCACUGCUCUGAACCUUCGGGCUCCUUUCAAUGAGAUGAUUGCACUCAGAGGUUUGGUUCCUCUCUACUUGACAUUGAAUCAAAGGCUACCAUUUUUUGAUAACACCUUGGACUUGAUUCACACAACUGGAUUCAUGGAUGGCUGGAUUGAUUUGCAAUUGUUGGACUUCAUCCUAUUUGAUUGGGACCGUAUCUUGAGGCCAGGAGGCUUGCUGUGGAUUGACAGGUUCUUCUGCAAUAGGAAGGAUCUUGAUGACUACAUGUACAUGUUUCUGCAGUUCAGGUACAAAAAACACAAGUGGGCAAUUUCUCCUAAAUCCAAGGAUGAAGUAUACCUAUCCGCAUUGCUAGAGAAGCCUCCUCGAGCUUUGUGA